UGUGACGUACUAAUUCAGCGACGAAACCGUAGGCUUUGGACGUAAACAAAGAUUGAAUCGAGUUGUAUUUUUUCACUAAUAGUUCGACUUUAAUAGAAUACGUUAUUCUGUUUAAUCAAGUAGCUGAAUUUAUAUUUUAAUAAAGUCUAAAAUCCAGGGUGCGGACAAACUUGGGAUUGUCAUCAUGUUUCAUGGGAUACCUGCUUCAGGAGGGUCGGGAGGAACUCCAGCCAAUAAGCCCGAAUUAUACGAGGAAGUGAAGCUAUACAAAAAUGCCAGGGAACGGGAAAAGUAUGACAACAUGGCUGAGCUGUUUGCUGUGGUAAAAACACUCCAAGCCUUAGAGAAAGCGUACAUUAAGGACUGCGUGACUCCUAAUGAAUACACAGGUGCCUGCUCCAGGUUGCUUGUGCAGUACAAAGCUGCCUUCAAACAGGUCCAAGCAUCAGAUGUUGGUUCAAUCGAUGACUUUUGUAGGAAAUACAGGCUCGACUGUCCACUAGCAAUGGAGAGAAUAAAAGAAGACAGACCAAUUACUAUCAAGGACGACAAGGGCAAUCUGAAUCGCUGCAUUGCGGACAUUGUAUCUCUUUUCAUCACCGUCAUGGACAAACUGAGGCUGGAGAUUCGAGCCAUGGAUGAGAUUCAGCCUGACCUUCGGGAACUGAUGGAGACGAUGAACAGAAUGAGCAACAUGCCACCAGAUUCAGAGGCCAAAGACAAAGUCAAUCUUUGGUUGACUACACUGAGCAGCAUGUCUGCCUCUGACGAGCUGGACGACUCACAAGUUCGUCAGAUGCUUUUUGACCUGGAGUCUGCCUACAAUGCCUUCAAUCGCUUCUUACACUCAUCCUAAACACCGGUUCUUCUACCAGAACUCACUUUUUUGUAAAAUAGUUCCCUUAUUGCUCUUAACCAGAAUUCUCUCUUGUGAUUCAGAACGCCGGUGUUUGGAACUAUAGUGACUCCCUGUGAUCAUACUGAGAUAUGGUGUUGAAUAUCUUUAUACUGAAGAGUGAAUAUGUCUAUUAAUUUUAAUUCACCUCUUUUCCCUACUUCUCACUUCUAACUUGAAUUUAACAAACAACUAUUUCUUUAUAGCCCUGUUUCUUAUCUUUGAGCUUCAUGCACCCUCUUGACAGAAGCCUCGUAUAUUCAUGUUUUUGAGAACACAACACGUUAGUUCAUGGGUUAGUUAGUUCAUGGGAUAAGCAUACGUUGGACAUUUUUAUCAAUCACUAAAAAAUUGGAAUUUGAUUUUUAAUGUACUUGCCUUCUGUCAUCAUAAUUUGACAUUUUGCAGUAAAACAGUAAUCAUUUGUGUAACCGACCUCUUGAUAGAAAAAAGAGUGUUAAAAUUCAUAAAAAAUAUAUUGUUUUAACUUUAAUGUAUUGUGUGUAGUGUUUGUCAUAACACAUUAUUAUUAUUAUUAUUAUUAUUAUUAUUAUUAUUAUUGCUAAUAUUUGUUAAUCCCUCUCUGAAUUUAUGAUGGGUUCAUGAUGUUCCUUUUGGAAAAAUUGGUUUCGCUGUAUUCUUAUUUUGUCAUAUUUAAUAAAGUAUCAUUCUUGGGCGAGGACAA